GGUUAGCCUCCACGCUGUUACAAACUCAGAGUGUAUACAUGUCCACGCAGAGGGAACCUCCACAAGACAGUUUGAAGAGGGUUUAGAAAAGACACGGAGGACGCUCUUUUUAUUUUUUAACCAAAAAAAAAAAAAAAAGUGUGGAUAUUUUUGCGUGUCGAAAGUGCGGUUUUGAAUAAAGUUCAGUGGGACAACUAAGAAGAAGUGAAAAGGGACUUGUUUUUUUUUUUUCGGUUUCACUUCUAUGUAUACCAAAAUGGAAACUACUUUCUAUGAUGACUCGCUCAACGCGUUCUCCCAGCACGAAAGCGUCGGCUUCGGAUACAGCGGCUCCAAGGCGCUCAAACGCAACAUGACCCUCAACCUGGCCGACCCUAGCGGCACCCUCAAGCCUCAUCUCCGGGCUAAGGCCGGCGAGCUGCUCACCUCGCCGGACGUGGGCUUGCUGAAGCUGGCCUCCCCGGAGCUGGAGCGGCUCAUCAUCCAGUCCAGCAACGGCCUCAUCACCACCACGCCGACGCCGACGCAGUUCCUUUGCCCGAAGAACGUCACCGACGAGCAGGAGGGCUUCGCCGAGGGCUUCGUGCGCGCCCUGGCGGAGCUCCACCACCAGCACAUGCCGGGGGUGAGCGUCACGUCGGCGCCGCCGCCGAGCGUCAACACCGGGGCGGCCGUUUACAACCGCUCGGACUCGCCCGUCUACGAGGACCUGAACACGUUCACCCCGGCCAUCAGCACCGUGUCGGCGCCCGGCUACACCACCACCGCGUCCUUCCCCAUUUACGCGCAGCCCUCCGCCUCUUCCUCCGCCCAUCUCCCGCGGCUCGCCGCGCUCAAGGAGGAGCCGCAGACGGUGCCCGAGAUGCCGGGCGAGACGCCGCCUCUCUCCCCCAUCGACAUGGAGAACCAGGAGCGCAUCAAGGCGGAGCGCAAGCGCAUGAGGAACCGCAUCGCCGCCUCCAAGUGCCGCAAGAGGAAGCUGGAGCGCAUCUCCCGGCUGGAGGACAAAGUCAAGAACCUCAAGUCCCAGAACUCUGAGCUGGCGUCCACCGCCAACAUGCUGCGGGAGCAGGUGGCGCAGCUCAAGCAGAAGGUGAUGAACCACGUCAACAGCGGCUGUCAGCUCAUGUUGACGCAGCAGCUCCAGACCUUCUGAGUCGUUCUAACAAAACAAAACAAGUUGAACCAAAACGGACGCUUCCUGCCUCCUGGAUCCGGGGUUGAAGCGGCAGGAAGACCAAGGGGGCUGUGCAGGAAAAAAAAGGACCCUAGUGUCAUGCACUUGUCCCCGCAGGGGGGGCUGCUCCGGGCCGGGACAGUGACUAUGAACCGGAGCAUGAACUUCCUUCACAACCGGGACUAGACUGACUUUUUCUUGAUUUCACCUCCCAGCUCUGCAUGGACUUGGUCUCGAGUCAAGUCAGCGCCAGUGGAGAAAGACGUCCAGUAUUACAGGUGACCUUUGAACCUGGCAAAUUUCUCGCUGCCGCCAUAUUGGCCCUCACCAACAGAGCUGGGCCAGCUCUGAGCGUAUGAAAACUUGAGUUCCAGUAUGCGACUUUUUUUCUUUAUUGUAAAGAAGUUUUUUGAAAAUUUCGAGAUUUUGUCAUUUUUGAUGGGGUUUCACUCAUUUAUGUAUAUAAGAUCAACUCAGAGUACUUAUGUUUACCAUCUGUACAUUCUUUCUUUUUUUAUGUCUCAACUCUAGCAAGUCGUCAAUAUUUAAGGAAAUAAACUUGUGUAAAAAGAA